ACCUCUAUACAGCAUACACAAUCCCAACAAACAAAACGGCGCCGUUUUCGAUUCGUUCCCGCUUUGCUCUUGUCCCCUUUGCAUAACCGCAGACGACACUAGAGAAAGCACGUUAAAUUCGCCGGCCGCCGGAGUUGGAGUAGAGAGUAGCUAUGUGCGGUCGAACUCGCUGUACUCUUCGAGUGGAUGAUUUCCCUCAUGCAUGCCACGUCUCUUCGACCGGUAUCGGCCGUCGUAUAAUUUGUCACCAGGCUUCAAUGUUCCGGUUGUUCGGCGAGAAGAAAAUCCAAAUGAAGACGGUGUUGUUGUCCACUGCAUGAAAUGGGGUCUAAUUCCCAGUUUUACUAAGCAGAACAAAAAGCCUGAUCACUACAAAAUGUUCAAUGCUCGAUCGGAAUCUAUUAAAGAGAAGGCUUCUUUUCGCCGUCUCCUUCCUAAAAACAGGUGCCUUGUUGCAGUGGAGGGGUUUUAUGAAUGGAAAAAAGAUGGGUCGAAAAAGCAACCUUUCUAUAUACAUUUGAAGGAUGUUCGGCCACUUGUAUUUGCUGCUCUUUAUGACUCUUGGAAGAAUGGGGAAGAAGAAGUUAUUUACACAUUCACUAUUGUGACUACUUCGUCCUCAUCAUCUUUGCGAUGGCUCCAUGGUUAGUUACUGCAUCUCCAUACUUCACCCUAUUGUUGUGAAGGAAUGCAUUUCUCCAAGUUCUAAACCUCAUAGUCGGUAACUUGGUAUAAUGGCAUGUUCUUAUUUAGAUACGCAAACCUGUAUCAAUUUCCAAACCUGCACGAUUAAUCAUUACACCCCUAAAAGGCUCCCAUGUUGAUUUUUGCUUUGGUUUUGAUCCCACAACUGUGCUCUCACUUUGUUGGUGACUUGAAAAAAUUACUAUGUUGAUGCACGAGUUUUAUCAUCUGUUGUCCUUCAGAGCAUAUUUCUUUGUCUGUUUGGUCGAAAGUAUUAUCGGAAGGGCUAUUUAUAGAAGAAGAAGCAAGUGUAAUAAUGUUGAAUAUGAGGACUGUAAGUGAUUGAGACAAAAAGAAAAGACAUGACAAAAAUUAAUAUAUGGAGUACUAUCUACUUGUUUUCUUUUCUUUUUGUGAGGUGAAUACACACGUACUAUUUUAACUUGAUAACUGCCACGACUUUCCAUGCAAACCUAAAUAUAUUGUAGACAGGAUGCCUGUGAUAUUUGGCAACAAUGAGACAUCUGACUUAUGAUGUUAGCAAGUCAACUAGUGUUGGGAGACCAAAAAAGAAAGCCACAAUUGCCACUUGCCAGUGGAAAACAACCUACAAUCUUUUCUUACAUUGGAAGAAGUUAGUGUAAACGGUAAAGUAUGUUCAAAGUUUUGGUUCUUGCUCAUAUGCCCCCUCAUCUUCUUGUAUUGUAUGUAUGGGGAUGUGAUGGUGAAUCUUAACCAAAACUCAUUUUGUUAACUUUUACGAAGUAUCUGUCUGUAGGCACCAUUUUAUUA